AUGCAUUUUCAUUCCAUACUAAUUUUAUUCUUCCUCACAAUUCCCUCAUUGUUUUGCCAAUGGACAAGCGAUGAUUUAGCACUGUAUGAUCUUGUUGAAGAAAUCGGUGUCAACUUUUACGAGCGUUUUGAAAUCGAAAAAGAUGCGACAAAUUCACAAAUCAAAAAAGCCUAUCGAAAAUUGACUUUGGAAUGGCAUCCCGACCGAAAUUCUGCACCAGGAGCAACUGAAGAAUUUCGAAAAAUUGCUGGAAUUUAUGAAGUUUUGAAAAAUAAUGAGAUGCGCGAGAAAUAUAAUGAAGUUUUGGAAAAUGGAUUACCUUCUUGGAGACAACCUUUGUAUUAUUAUCGGUGAGAUAAUUAACUAAUUAGUAAAUGUUUAAUUUGUUAUAUUUUUAAGGCGAAUGCGAAAACUUGAAUGGUACGAAGGAUUGUUGGUUUUGUUGUUUAUUGCAACAAUUGCUCAUUAUUUGAUGAUGUGGGCUGCAUAUUUUGAGAAGACUUUGGUUUAUAAACAGGUAACCUUUUGGGGGGAAAAUGAGCGAAACAUCUGAGAUUUUCAUCAAAUUUUAAUGGCUCUUUUCUAUGAACCUUACUAUUUUCUAUUCCAAUUAUCAUUCCAGAAUGUAAAAAAAUCUCGAAAAUCUGCGAAAAAAGAAGAUCCAGCAGAAGCCGAUCGAUUAAUGCAUGAAGCUCUUCUCGAAUUUCGCCCACAAAUUCUCGAACUUUUACCAAUUCUUCUUUGUCGUGGAAUUGUUUGCCUUGUAAAAGAUCUUGGAAUCGUUAUCAAAAUUGCAAUGGAAAAUCGAAAAUCCGAAGAAAAUCCUGAUGAAAAUAACGAGAAUCCGGUGAUUGAAAGACGUGAAAAACGAGGAGAAAAACAGGUUGAAUAUAAAUUUGAAGUUGCGAGUGGUUUGAAAGCUGUUUCGACAAAUGAUCCGGAAAUGGAGAAAAAAUAUGCGAAGGAGAGUGAAGUUGUGGCACAAAGUAAGGCAAUUUUUGGGAUUUUUGAACAGGAAAAGAGAAAAAAUUAUUUUCACACUAAUUUUUUCACCAAAGGGUUCAGGAAUGUUGUAUGAAAAAUCCGGUUUUCAUGAUUUUUCAAAGUAAAGUUCUAAAUAUUUUGGAUUAAACAUAGCUUCUUUAGUUUUAAAAGUCAUCUAAAAAACCUAAUUUUAUCCCCAAAAUCUCAAAUUCCAGAACAAUCCGGAGCCGCUUGGUCGCCAGAUGAAUUGGCUCAUUUAGUCAGAUUGAGCACCGAAAAAUAUCCAGCCGGAACUCCAAAUCGAUGGGAACAAAUGGGACGAGUUUUGAAUAGAACACCUGAAGAUGUCAUUUCGAUGGCCGGAAAAAUGAAGCAAAUGAAACAAGAGGAUUAUACGAAACUUUUAAUGACUUCAAUUCAACAAAAUGUUCCGGGAACUGUGGGAAAUUCAGCUCAAAAUCAGAAUCAAAAUGAAAAUAAAAAUGAAGAAGAAUGGAGUCAAGAAGAGCAGAAAAAGUUUGAGGAAGCACUUCAAAAAUAUCCGAAAGGAACUGAUGAAAGGUAAGAAAACCACCACUUUUUUGCUGAAAAUCUGAGAUUAAUUUUAGAUGGGAUCGAAUAUCCGAGCAAAUUGGAACGAAAAAUAAGAAACAAGUAAUGCAACGAUUCAAAUAUCUUGCUGAAUUGGUCAAAGCGAAAAAAACUAAUAAUUAG